UUGUUGUUUUUUUGCACCUUUUGUUUCAUAUUGGAAUUUAACUUUCUGUAGACAAAGACCUCCGUCCCUGUUGGAUUACAGAGGAGGCCAGUGACUGCCGGUGUUGAGUCUGCUGGAGUGACGGGAUGCAGACCACGGACGAACAUCAGUGCACGGUGACACAAGUGCACCAGAAAGUGUGUUGACAUCAUGACGUCAGGGCCUGCUGGAGGCCGGGUAAGAGUAGUAACUUCGGAUAAGUUGAUUAUUCAACAUGUACCAUAACCGUGGGAAGUAAUACUAAGAACAAAAUAUUUGAGUUUUAGCUCUUAUGUAGACACGUACUUGACCAUGCAUGCAUGUGUGUGUGUGUAUAUAUAUACAUAUAUACACACACAUAGAGAGAGAGAGAUAAACGGAAUGUUAUAAUAAUAAUAGUAUAAUAUAAGUAUAUGUAUUGAUAUUAUUAAUAAUAAAAAUAAUAAUAUAUAUAAAACCAAUAAUGGAUCGACUAGUAACAUUUAAUAGGAAUAUAAACAAAAUGGGUACCCUAAAUUCUAAAUAAAGAAAAAAAGAAAAGAAAAAAAAAAAGAAAACAAGUCCCACUAAAGGGUGACAUCAAAUGAAAAAUGAAAAACUUCAUCCACAACAAUGUGAAGAAUUAAGGAGAUCCCUAAAUGAAAGAUCUAAGGGAAAUAAGAAAAUUCUGGAUAAAGAUGGAUAUAAGUGUACCGUUAUGUGGUGUGAGGAAGCAAAUAGAUGGCAGAAAGGAAAAAAUUUAAAAGAAAUAAAAAAAAACUAACAAAUGAAAAAAGAUCAGACUGAACCAAAAGGCAUCAGUUAGAUGAUUCCCCAUAUAUGGAUAGUUAUAUUGUUCAACAACAAGAUCCAUCUUUUUUUUUUUUUUUUUUUUUUUUUUUGGCUGAGCUGCAUGACACAGUAAUACAGCAACCUGAUACUUCAGGUGAAACUUUUGCUCCUCCAUAGCUUCACAGGGAGUCAAAAGACAAAACACUCCCAUGAUGACAGUAUCAUGAUCGUUCAGAUGGUCCUCUGGCAGAAGAAAACCAUGGAUGAUGGGGUUGGCAGUGUUGUGUGGAGGAUGGAGUGGGAGAUUUAGUUACAGGCAAAUUUCAGGACACCCUUAAUAAGACGCCCAUGUGUAGUUCAGUUUCAGAAAAUGGAAGAACUGUAUGGAGUUUACAAAUCCUGUUUGUGACCCUGAACCUUAUAUUGACACAAUUUCUUUUAGCUCCAUACCGAAACACUAUUUUUUUUUUCUCUACGUCUUUUUGUCAUCGGGAGGGCAAGGAGUAUGAUGAUGAAUACCACAGGCCCAGCGUAGACAGGAUACACUCGCUAAGACAAAUGGGACUAUUUUUUUGAUCUUUUCAUUGCUAGUUGCUACUCUGCUCAAGUUGCUACAGUUGAGCGAGGGUUAUCGCUCGCUAAGCUUCAUUUAGAGGCGGACUUUUGACAAACCUCAAUCGAGAAAAAGCAUGAAUAGCAUGAAUAAAUGAACGAUGGUUUGAAAGAGUUUUCAAACAUCACAAGUAUGCCAUCUAGUGGACGUAAACUGAACACCCCAAAAAUUAAUAAGAUAAAAUAAAACACCUCAUUUAAAGUUAACAGAAAGCGUACUCAUAACAAAUGGGUCGAGUAAAGCCUUAGCCAUUUGUUCUGUUGGCCCAAUUUUUUUAGACGCCUCAGCACAUGCGCAACAGCCUCACCGCCGUGUUUUAUGAUUUGGUCGAUGUUCCGUUAUUAAAAAAAAAUGUUUAUAUUAUUGCUGCUGUGUGUGUGUGAGUUAAAAGUCGUUUAAAGCGUACGCGAUUUAGGUGAGAAUUGAAAUAUUCAUAUUUCAUCAUGAAAAAAAAGGUUUCACAUCCUUUUCUGUCUAAACUAGGUCAAACGUUACGCGACACAUAUAUCAGGUCAGACUCGACAUUAUUGCGGUCUGUUAAAAAUGUAACGAGGAUUUAAAAUCAUUGAAAGAGGUUAUUGAUAGUGGGAGUUCCCCCUCAAGCAAGAAAUGAUCGGCGGGAUGGUGUCACGCAUCCAAACAGACACAGUAACAUUGUAAAGUCAAACACAUCAGGCGCAGUCAUCAUGGAAGUUCGGGUGAAAGAGCAAAGACAGAAAAGCGACGAAGCAAACACGCUUUGUCAUGUGCUUCAUAUGUUAAAUUGUUUUAUCAUUCGUUUAGAAUUUAGCAAACAUGAUGAAAUGUAGGGUAAGAAAAUGAACAGUACCAGACAUCAUCAAAAGACAAAAGUUAUUUGGAUGAACUUUAUUUAUGGAGUGUUUUAAAUAGUGUUGGAUCUCAAACCUUGAAAACCUGAGGAGAUGCAUACUCCCACUGAUGUCAGGGCACAAGAGGAUGGAUGUCAGGGUAACAACCUCUUAUGCAUUGAUGAUCUGUGAGCUUGGCGGGGCGGAAGUUGGGAGCAAAACCGCUGUCCCACAUUUCAUUGACAACCUCCCAGCCCCCUGUUUAGUCCACCACUUUCUGCAAACCGAGAGUUGGCACAGACACGAGAUGACGAGAAGAGACGAAUGCUUUGGUCAUCUCCUGGUCAGGAUGCUGGUUCUGGUUCUGAUGCUGCAGCUGGGAUUUGCAUCCGCAGGCUCCAUGAUGGGUGAAGGCGGUCUGGAUGGCAACGGUCCAGCCGACACCAUAAGUCAUUCUCUGAUGCUGGUUCAACGCCUAGAGGCCUUGCUGCUUCAGGGUAAUAGCAGCGAUGUGUCCCUGAGGGUUGAGACCCCAAACACAGAUGAUGUGAAAGUGAUUGCGGCCCACUCGCUGGUUCUGUCCCUGCACAGUCCUGUGUUUGAGGAGAUGUUGCUGCUCCGCAACAGCAGCACAUUGAUUCUGAAGGAAAGUUCAGAGUGUGCUGCUGUUUUUGACAAGUUCCUCAGGUAUCUCUACUGUGGUGAACUAUCUGUUCGUCUGGAGCAGGCCAUCCCUCUACAUAAACUGGCCACCAAGUACCAGGUUGUCGGUCUUCAGCAGGGAAUCACCCAGUAUAUGACCUUGAACUUGGCCCGGGACUCUCCCUCUGGUCAUGUAGCCGGUUGGUAUGAGUAUGCGGUGCAGGUAGGUGAUGUGAUCUUGAAGGAGAACUGUCUGCAAUACCUGGCCUGGAAUCUGACGUCGGUGCUGCAGAGCGGGGAGUGGGCAACGAUCAGUAGCCAGCUGCUCAUGUCACUGAUGCAGCGGUCGGACCUGGUUCUACAGAGCGAGAUGGAACUCUUUGCAGCUCUUGAGGCUUGGAUUGUCCAGAACGAUCCGGAUGGACUGACGGCAGAGAACGCUCUUCGAGCUGUACGCUAUGCCAUGAUGCCUCCUCGGGAGCUCUUCCGUCUCCAGACCCAGUCCUCAAUACUGGCGCGUUACCAGGAGUCAGUUCGGGAUCUGCUCUAUAUGUCAUACCAGUUUCACUCAGCAUCUCCGAUGCACAUGGCCAAAUACUUUGAUGUGAACUGCAGCCUUUUCGUGCCACGGAACUACCUCUCACAACUCUGGGGGGCGUCAUGGGUCAUCAGCAACCCCACAAGAGAUGACCGCAGUACCAGCUUCCAGACCCAGCUCGGACCCAGCGGCCAUGACUCCAGCAAACGUGUCACGUGGAAUGCUCUGUUCUCACCCAGAUGGUUACCACUCAGCAUGAGGUCCAUGUACACAGAGACGGGGGCCAUGCAGCCAACCAGGGUAGAUGGCGGGCGCCCACGCAUUAUCAUAACGCCGGCGACCUCCAGUGCAGAUUUUGCAGGCGUCAGCUUCCAAAAGACAGUGCUUGUGAUGGCGCAGCAAAAGGGGAAGAUGGUUGUCAAACAUGUCUACAACUUUCACCAGAGCACAGAGGAGAAUGGCAAUUUCUUGGCGGAAGCAGACCUGUACCGGCGUACUUCCGACUACCUCAUUGACAGCUCCCUCUACCUUCACAUUGUGGUUAAGCCGAUGUACCAAUCCCUUGUUACUACCAAGAAUUGACCCAGUCGUCUAGGCAAUUUCAUGAAAAUUAUUACAUCAUCAAGUCAGAUCCCCUGCGUCUGCUCCCGACUGUCUUCGCCCGAAAACCUGGUUUGAUUCCACCUAGCUAUCCAUAUGUUAAAUCUUCAACAGUUCCACUAGAUUCGCUUAAUGUUGUGCUUCAUUCUGUGCUCCUUGACACGGAACCAUCUCUAGAUGAUGUCAUAUCUAGAUAGUAUGUCAGUCAUUUGCAAAAUUUUCUAGUGAAAUAUUGGUGCUACUCUGUUCUGCUUUGCUUUUUUUCUGCUGUCAUCAUUUCAUCAGUCACUUGCUUUCAUGUUUUGCGUGUCUCACUGAUUGUUCCUCAACAGUUGUGAGGAUGUAACUAAUGAGACGUAUUACAUCCUCUCAAUAACAGCUUCAAUUUCUUUGUAAAAUAAUGCCUUUGAAUGAAACCCAUAGUGUCCCAAACUUAAUGUUUGAGAAUUUACCUACAUUCAUUGUUUUUGGUUUCGUAAAUGUUUUACUUUAGUCAGUUGAUUAAAGAUUGUAAAAAUGGCAACCAAUACCAGAGACUGCUACUGUUUCCUACCUCUACACCCCUUUGACACAUCACCUGAAUAGUAACUGAAUAGAUUGAUUUGAAUUUAACAUAUAAUAAAUGGUUUCUUCCGUUUCAAC